GAAAUUAUAUCUCCGAAGUCUCAUCCGAACGUUGAACACCGAUCUACCAACUAUCUCCUAUUGUCACUAGCUACAGAGUAUCCCUGCACCCUUGUCUUCAUAAAGAACCAGUUCUCAGAUUGACAAUGAAACGUGCCAAUACAUCUACUUCUACUCCCAAGAUCAUUCUCAAGCCGCGCCUCGCCCAAACGCCAGCUACGCCUUCUGUCGUUGAUGAAGAUGACGCCGACGACUCUGUUGAAGAAGGCGAACUCCAGACCAAGAGAGAGGAUUCAGAGGGUGUGCUUGAUGAAGACGAGCCUGGCGAUGAGGAACCCGAUGAAGGUGCAGUCGAGGGUGAAGGAGAUGAAGGCGAAGGCAGCGGAGCGGAGGAGGUUGAGCCUGAAGGUGUGGAGCCACGACCGUUCCCUCGCCCACGGGGACGCCCGCGUGGAAGAGGGCGAGGUGCAGCCCCUACUGGUCCCGGUCGUGGGCGAGGACGAGGGAGGGGGCGGGGGCGGGGACGAGGGCGGGGACGUGGGUCUUUGACUAUUCGACUGCCAAAGCGCGACGGCGAAGAUGCUGACGAUGCUGAAGCCGAGGAAGGGGAGCAAGAUGGUCGACCAUUCAUGCGAGUGGGAGGAAAGGUAUACUUUAUUGACGGCGACGAGUUUGUCACAGACCCGGACGAGAAAGGUGACGAGAAGGUUGAUGCUGAUGGCAAUCUUCUAGGAGGUCGUAAGUUCAAAUGCCACACCUUCGUGCUACCCCAGCGGCACCCAAGUCGGCAGUAUAUGCUCGCCAUCGAUGCUGCGCGUGCGUCAGGGUUUCGUGAUUCUCUAUAUUUCUUCCGGCGCAAUCCGCUCGCACUCAAGCUCUCCGCUACGCAGCCCGAAAAGGAGUUCCUCAUCUCCGCAGGGAAGCUCGGUGCACACCUGAAAACGCGCAGCGUCACCCUCGUCACCGCACGCAGUGCAUAUAAACUCCAUGGUGCCAAGAUGAUUCUGGAUGGCCGCUGGGUCACAGACGACUACUACGAAUCGAAGUCUCUCCCCGAGAUCACAGAAAAAGGACUUAAGCCAGGCGACCUGGUCGGCGAGCUUCCCGACCCAUUGGGUGCCUCAUCUCAAACCGCACCUUCAGGCCAGCAGCCCGCCACCUCUACAUCAUCGGGUAUAUAUCGAGCGGGAGGACCUACAACCAUUUUCGGGAGCACUGGUUGGGGACCGUUUAGUGAUGGACCGCACAGCGCAGUGCGCAAAUCGAUCUUAACACGGGAGGGGCUCACGGAAGAGAACUGGAUGUCGGAGGCUGCGAGGCGUGUCGGAGAUGCUGGUGAGGAAUGGGCGCGGAUGAGAAGGCAAGCAAGGGUUGCGUGUGGUGGGAUUCUUGGGGAUGGACUUGACAGGGGGAAGGGGAAGGAAGUGCAAGUGACUGAAGCAGAGGAGAAGCGAGGGGCGACUGAGGAGCUUGAGGGCGCGGAGAGGAAGAGAGCGAGAGUUGAAGAAUCACAAUAUCCUCUUGGCGUGUAUGAGCCACACACAGGACUGGUCCAUUAUCGCGCAGACACGCAACCUACCCGCUGUCGCUGGGUACAAAUUGGACAGCGGAAGAUGCUCCGGGGAACGAAGGCAGGGAACGGCGCUUGGGCGCUUGCAUGGGUCGAUACACAUAUCGAACUGCCCACGCCGGAAGAGGCAGAUCCAUAUGCACGAACGAGAGCAGAGAUUUUGGAGGCAGUGGGUGAGAUGUGUUAGGAGAACAAUGAUCCAUCAAAUCUUGUCUCCAUUGUUUGCACAACGCAAAAUGUCAUGCGGCGUCACCUGAUGAAGUUCAGUUAUAUCCAGGGGUUCGUAUUUUACCAAGCUUGGAUUGAUUGUGUAGCGAAGACAAGGUGGCUACGCAUGUAGGGCCAUUAUCGAUCUUUACUCGAGGCUUGAAAACUUAAG